AUGAGUCUUAAUUUUGGUUCGCUGCAGUUCUUGGCAUUAGAAUCGCCAUCGCAAGCUGUGCAUCCGGCCGGCACGCCCACGUCUCCUCUCACAUCAUCGUCGCCACCUUUCGUCAUGGCACACUACGCGUCGCUAUAUCACGGCGGCGCUUCCAUGCCGCCGCUGCCUCCGGGGAUCCCCGUCCGCAGCGUAUGGAAAGACAAUCUUGAGCUCGAACUGCGCUUCCUCCAUAGCUUUGUUCAUAACGCCCGCUACGCCGCGGUGAACAUCCAUUACCCCGGCGUCAUACACAACGGCAGUCAGAAGCACACCUCGCAGACGGCUGAUGAGCGAUACAGCGUGGUCAAGGCCAACGUCGACGCUCUCAAGCCCAUCCAGGUUGGCCUCGCCAUCUACAACGACUUCGGCCACAUCGUCGCCUGGGAGUUCAACCUCCGUGGCUUCCACCCGGUGACGGACCCGCACGCCGCCAACUCCGUCGGAUACCUCCAAGAACGCAGCCUAAGCUUCGACGAGCACCAGGUGCACGGCAUCACGGCGUUGAGGCUAGCCACGGGACUCAGUGGCUGCGGCCUGUUCCGCCGGCCGCAGAUAUCCUGGACCACCUAUGCCGGCUUAUACCACGUCGGGUAUCUCAUGAAGUAUCUGUCUAUGGGUAACCAGCUCCCCGACAGUCUAGGUGGGUUCCUCGACAUGGUGAGGCAGUUCCUCGGCCAAGACGUCUACGACGUGGCCCGGAUCGCCGUCGACUGCGCGUUGCCGCCGGGACUGGAGCAUGUGGCGAGCAGCCUCUUUUUGGUUCCGGCGGCCCUGAGCCCUCGGCUCGCCGGCGCGGGCAGCCUACUCGCGCUGUAA